AUGUCAUUAGAAGUGGAUGGUGCUUAUUACCAGCCUGGUUCUUGUCAUGGUGAAUUGGUAUACGAUCCUGAGGUAGAGAAGGCAGCGCGUAGGCGAAGGCAAGAGACCAAGAGGCAAAAAGAAGGGCACUUAUUUGCUGCAAACGAGUCAGCGGAAGACGAAGUAAGCAUGGCCAACAAACAAACAUUGAGGGAGCUGGCUGCCCCGGAGCUGACUCACCAGCCCUUAUGCAUCACAUUCCCCGCUUUGGCUGAGAAUACCGCUUUCGAACUGAAGUCGGGAUUAAUUCAACUCUUACCCUCUUUCCAUGGUCUUUCUGGCGAAGAACCCCACAAGCACGUAAAGGAGUUCGAGGUGGUCUGCUCUAGUAUGAAACCUCCUGGGGUCACUGAAGAGCAAAUUAGACUGAGAGCCUUCCCGUUCUCUCUAAAAGAUGCAGCUAAAGAUUGGCUGUACUACCUACCAGCAGGUAGUAUUACCACAUGGGCGCAGCUGAAAAAGAAAUUCUUGGAAAAAUUCUUCCCUGCAUCCCGGGCUGCGAGUUUGAGGAAGGAGAUCUGCGGCAUUAAACAAUACCCCGGUGAGUCCUUGUACGACUACUGGGAAAGGUUUAACAAGUUGUGCACUCGAUGCCCGCAGCAUCAAAUUAGUGAGCAACUGUUAAUCCAAUACUUCUACGAAGGGCUCCAAUCAACCGAUAGAAGUAUCAUCGACGCUGCAAGUGGGGGAGCACUGGCAAACAAGACACCAAGGGAAGCGUGGGAGCUCAUCGAAGCCAUGGCAGAGAACUCCCAGCAAUUUGGCUUCCGUGAGAGCAACCCUCCCCGUAGAGUCAACGAGGUAGAGAUUUCAUCCUUACAGCAGCAAAUGUCAGAAUUGACGUCAGUUGUUAGGCAAUUAGCUAUGAGAGACACGCCGCGAGCGAAGGUGUGUGGAAUAUGCACAAGCAUGGACCACCUCACUGACUCAUGCCCUAUGUUGCAAGAGGAUGGAGCUGAACAAGUGAACAUGGCUGGAGGCGUGCCCGCGCCUCAAAGACCGUACGACCCAUACUCCAACACGUACAACCCUGGUUGGAGAGAUCACCCCAAUUUCACCUAUGGUAGUAGGCCACAAAAUGCAUUCUCUAAUCGGCCUCCAGGUUUUCAGCAACCUUGGCAACAUAAGUCUCAACCCUCGUCCUCAAGCUCAGGGAGUUCUUUGGAAGAAAUUGUCAAGAGUUUGGCCACGACUACCACUCAACUCGUCACGACCACCACUCAGCUCCAGCAAGAGACCAGGUCAUUGACCACAAAUAUGGCUCAACUCCAGCAAGAAACUAGAGUCUUAACCAUGAGCACCACUCAGUUCCAGCAGGACACAAAAGCAGGCAUGAAGGAUAUGGAGGCUCGAAUAAGCCAAAUGGCAACUGCCAUCAAUCGCUUGGAGUCCCACGCUUAUGGAAAGUUACCCUCACAACCUGAAGUAAAUCCCAGGAAUGUACCCAAGUACGCAAAGUUCUUGAAAGACUUGUGCGUUAACAAAAGAAAGCUAAGGGGUGAUGAAAGAGUGAUGGUGGGAGAGAAUGUAUCAGCUGUACUUCAAAGGAAACUCCCACCCAAAUGCGGAGAUCCAGAAUUUUCUAAGUUUGCUUAUAGGGGUAAAUCCAAGGUUGCUGCGAACAAGUCCUAUAGGGUGAAAGCAAUUCAUGAGGUAAAAAUGGAGAGAAAAUUUAGGAAAAAAGUUGCACUCAAUGGCCAUGUGGAUCCUGGAGGAGGGCCACCAAUUACAAGGAAAAUUCAAUUACAUCCAGACUGA